CCCGCCAUAUAGCCUAAGCCUCACACAAUAUCCUCUCCUUUCCCUUCUCUCCAAACAACUCCUAGUAACACUCUGGGCUUUUUAAGUUACCCUCACACUUUGUUAGUUCAUACAACCCGGUUUCCAAGAAGGUCGAUUGCUCGUUCUUAACUAAUCCUAAAACGCUGGGAUUGCUCGUUCCUUCCCUAAUAUGGGAUCAGUUUCUGAGGAGAAUACUCGUAACCCGGGAAUCGGUUCGGUUUCAGUUGAAGCUGAACCUGAAUCCCCGCUGAGAAAUGGGAACAAUCUCCCGAAUUUUCUUCUUUCCAUUAGGCUCAAGUAUGUCAAGCUUGGGUACCACUACCUGAUCUCUAAUGCCAUGUACAUAUUUCUCAUGCCACUUAUAGGCAUAGCCCUUGCCCAUUUAUCGACCCUAACUGUCGAUGAUUUCCUCCGCUUGUGGGAUCAGCUCAAGUUCAACCUAGUCAGUGUGGUCCUCUGCUCCACCCUCAUAGUCUUCCUAGCCACGCUUUACUUCAUGAGCCGCCCGAGGCCCAUCUACCUCGUCAACUUUGCGUGCUACAGGCCUGACUCAGAACGGAAGUGCACGAGGGAGGUGUUCUUCGAGCGAUCGGGCCUCACCGGCAGCUUCACAGAUGAGAACCUCGCAUUCCAGAGGAAGAUCCUCGAGAGAUCUGGGCUCGGGCAGGACACAUACCUGCCAGAGGCCGUGAUGAGGGUCCCGCCGAACCCGUGCAUGGCUGAGGCCAGGAAGGAGGCAGAAGCAGUCAUGUUUGGGGCGAUCGACGAGCUUCUAGCGAAGACCGGGGUUAAGGCUAAGGAUAUCGGGAUCUUGGUGGUGAAUUGUAGCUUGUUCAAUCCCACACCUUCUCUUUCAGCAAUGAUUGUGAAUCACUAUAAGCUUAGGGGGAACAUCUUAAGCUAUAACCUCGGUGGAAUGGGGUGCAGUGCUGGGCUUAUCUCCAUUGACCUAGCAAAACAGCUCUUGCAGGUGAUUCCCAACUCCUAUGCACUUGUAGUAAGCAUGGAGAAUAUAACACUAAACUGGUACUUUGGGAAUGAUCGGUCAAUGCUUGUUUCUAACUGCCUAUUCCGAAUGGGCGGGGCUGCCAUCCUCUUGUCUAACCGGGCUUCUGAUCGCCGAAGGUCCAAGUACCAGCUUGUCCACACAGUGCGAACCCACAAGGGCGCAGAGGACAGAUCCUAUGGCUGUGUCUUCCAGAAAGAGGAUGAGACUGGAAGGACCGGGGUCUCCCUCUCGAAAGACUUGAUGGCUGUCGCCGGUGAAGCCUUGAAGGCCAAUAUUACCACACUAGGGCCUCUAGUGCUUCCCUUGUCAGAGCAGCUCCUGUUUGCCCUGACUUUGGUGGCACGAAAGGUAUUCAAAAUAAGUAUAAGGCCGUACAUUCCUGACUUCAAGUUGGCCUUUGAGCAUUUCUGCAUUCACGCUGGUGGGAGAGCCGUGCUAGAUGAGCUGGAGAAGAACCUCGAGCUGACGGACUGGCACAUGGAGCCUUCGAGGAUGACUCUCUUCAGGUUCGGAAACACGUCCAGCAGUUCGCUUUGGUACGAGUUAGCCUACUCUGAGGCUAAGGGCCGGAUCAGGAAGGGUGACCGGACAUGGCAGAUUGCAUUUGGGUCGGGAUUUAAGUGCAACAGUGCUGUGUGGCAAGCCCUUAGGACAAUCAACCCCGCAAAGGAGAAGAAUCCCUGGAUGGAUGAGAUUCAUAAAUUUCCAGUUGAGGUCCCAAGAGUGGCAUCUAUUGCCACUUAAAUGUUGAUUUUCUGAUUGUGCCAUGCAUAUUAGGAUCUGGAUAGUCAUAGAAGAAUUCUGUCCAUUCAAUUUUCAGAUUUCUCUUUUUGAAUGUUUGAUAAUUGAAUAUGGGUUGGUAGAAGCGCGGCAAUUUGCUUUGGAAAUUUUUUGUGUCACAAUCUAUGUGCUUAUGAUCGACAUAAAAUUGUAUUUUUUGAGAAAUGGAAUUUAAUAUGAUGGUAGUCACUCAUGACCCGAAA